AUGCCAUCACGUGCGGCACUUAGAGACUUGAAUUGCUGUGGUCGUAACUUUUGUCCCGUUAACUCAGCUAACUGUGAGGCUACCUUUCACUCCAAAAAAACCACAAUGCAUUUUGUCCGAUGGAGAAAAAUCCGACGGACUGCUCCCGAAUUGACGGAUAACUUAGUCUACAUUGUUGGCACACAUUUGGACUCCAUCGGCGAAAGACCCGUUCACAUCGAGCACGCCAUUUUGCCUCCCAUCGCAUAUGCAAUGAAAAAGAUGACUGGGUGGCCAGCACUAAAGCAGCCUACAAAGCGAGGACCGCAAAGGAAAAUAGUGCCGGCGGAUUCGACGGUACCAGCUGGCACAGUUAUACUUCAGCCUAUUCAAUCCACAGUACCAAGUGUAGUAAAACGCGAACAAGUAUCUGACGCACAGCUUCUGAGACGUUCUGUUGUUACGACUGUUCCAGUGGAGGCGGGUGUUCAACUGCCCUCGGUCACAGAUAAACCUCUGGUCAGCCAGGAACCCUACCUGCCUGGGGAAUACACGCAGCCCGGCACUAGGGAACUAUCAACUAAGCUCCAAAAAUUUUUAUACAGACGUUUUAUUCAACCAGCACUUAUACCAAUAAGCAACUUUACACCCAUAUAAAAUCCCUCCCUUUGAAAAAUGGAAUUUAACAGCAGAUUGUCCACUGGAAAAUUGCUGAACCAGUGAUCAACACGAAGCACUUCCAAGCUCUUCGAUGCUAGGCAAUACCAAAGAUUAUG